AUGACUCGAUACCAAUACACCUGUCACCGCAUGCUCAACACGGAUAGUCUCUUUUUCUCUGUUCAUGCUUCUAUUUCUGAUGAUCCAUUUGAAAACAAUCAUUCAGGCCGAUGGCCAAGAAGAUAUGAACGAUCGUCACAUCGAUUCAUGGAUGCUGCUGGCGACGAAAGAUUCUACGGACAGAGCUCCGCUUACGCUUCUUUUGAUUGCACAAAAGUACGGUUCCAAAAGAGAGCCAAGUCCAAAGAUUUUGGCAAUUUUUCCCUUAUUGACAUAUUGAUUGCGAGCGACCCAAAGGUGUCGUCCACGCUGCAGAGAUUGACGGACCUUCCCAAAACGCUGCCCAUGCCGCCGCCGUCGGAGCUUGAAAGCGAUGGCAAGCCUAUAGCUUUACCAUCAAGAGCUCUUUUGGAAGUCACACUAGGGUUUUACAUGAAAGAAAUUAAUGCUCCAUCGCCCAUCUUCGACAGGGGCACGUUAUUGAAAGCCAUAGAUGAACAGUAUAGCAUAGGCUCUGAGAAUGCAGACCCCACAUGGAUCCUUUGCUUCAAUAACAUAAUUUUACUCUCUUCGUUAGCAAAAUUGAAAAAAUCUUCUCGGGGAACUCUCUCAAAAGAUGAAGAUCUCAUGUUAAUGCUCUUGAAUAACGCCAAGAGGUCUUUCUUAAUCUUGGACACACUUCUCAAGCCGAGAGUCCACAGUAUCCAAGCUCUUUUUACACUGAGUUUUGUUACUAGAGAGUUCUAUGAUCACCAAGUAGCUGCGAACCACAUAGCAUUAGCUCACCAAAUGGCGAGAUCCAUUGGCCUGCACCAACCCGACAAAUUCGCAAGUCCAGAGCGAACUAAUCUUUUCUGGUCGAUGUAUAUCAUAGACAAAUUAAGAUUAUUCAGGUGCAGCCAAGGUUGUCAAUCAUACCUGUUUGAAUGUAGUGUUCCCUUGCCGGAAUUCGAUCAGUCAAAUCCAUUGGAGGUAGCCUUCUUGGCCAAGAUCAAAAUGGCUUGCUUUCUCGAAGAAAUCUACAGGGAACUUUAUAUGAAUCAUACUGAGAUCCAGCCAUGCUCUUCGAGGCAAGGUUCUGCUAUGAGAUUGUUAGUUCAAUUGGAUCAAGAGUGGCCAGAAUUCUAUGCACGAGCAGCCAUAUUGAAAGCAAGCUAUUCCUCAGUCGAGCUUGAAUUGAUGCAAAUGUUUCUUACAAACCGUGUCUUAAUACUGCUUUGUAGUAAUUUAAUUGAACACAAGUCACGACUUCUUGAAGACUCCAGAACAAUCUUAGAAAUCAUAGGAGAGCUUAAGACGCAACGAUCAGUCCGUGGCAACAUGGCUUUCUCAAAUGUGCUUCAUUUGGACCCACUCAUAGCAUUCUUCGAGCUGUUUUUAAACAUUGUUGAAAGACCUCAGUUGAGUCACUCGAGAGAUCAAGAACUUAUAGCUAUGACAAUUGAAGCGAUAAGUCGUCAACGUCAUGCGAAUUACAUUACUUCGGCAUGUGCGAGAGUGUAUGAAUCUGUAGCUGUCUGUGGCGGCAUUGUGCUCGCGAUCAAGCAAGCAUUUCCGCCGUCGUCAAUAUCAUGGGAAUAUCAAGUUGAUUCACUGGCUUCAUAUCAAGAAUCCGAUUCACAAUCCCAGCUCGCCUGGCCAGCAAAAAAUGAUUGGUCCGUUGAUGACUUACUCAGUAUUGAUACGGAGACUCCAGAUUCCUGUUACAAUUCCUAG